AUGGCAAUAAUUGAGCGUCCAAACCAGUUUUUCCCAUACGAUCGUGUAUCAUUACGAAAUAAUUAUUCGUCAUUUUCUGAUAACUCUUAUGCUCCAACGCGAAGAUCAUUUGGUGCAUCCAAUUUACCUCGGCCUGGGCAACAUCUCGAUGAUUCGGAUCUAUUAGCGUUGAAACAUCAAUAUGCCAAUAUUGGACUUCGUGAACAAAACAUGUUGUCGAAUUCGGCCGAAGAUUUGUCACAAUCAGAUCCACUCCCAUUUCAAUUCGGUCUAUUCGGAAAUGAAUAUAAUGAUAUAGAUGCAAACAUGGAGGAUGAUGAUGACCUUCACUUUGGUAUUGACCACAAUUAUGAUUAUGAUGUCGUAAUUAAAGAGCGUUUAAAAAAAGCAAACGCCGAAUUUGAACACGAUCAAACGCCAGCAGAAUUAAAUCAUCGCCAGCGUGUUUCAUUUGAUGCCGUUGUAAAAGCUGUGGAUAUUAUUCAAGAUGAUGACAGAGAAGACGAGUCUGGAAUGCAGAUAAAACGUAAUGUUACGGAUCAUGAAGAGGAUAAUGACAGUGACCUAGGUCAUCAGUCAGAUGUUAAAUAUGAUUACAUUAUAUUUGAAUUUGAUCUUACACAACCGAAAAGUGGACCAACUUUAUUACAACAACUGAAAGCUAUGCAGUUUCAUGGUGCAUUACCAUUAGAAAGAUUUUCCCCAAGAGACGAUCAAGAAGAGAUGCCAAUAUCAUCUGUUACUUCAAACAAUCAAAACACAAACGAUAAAGUUAGAGAUCUCACAUCAGCAAAAAAAGCAACAACCACAUUGCCUAAUGAAAGUUCAAAUUCAAACCCAAUGGUAGUAGCAAUCAAUGGUGUAUUUGAUCUCAAGAAUGAGGAUGAUUAUCUUGCGAGAAAAAAUCUUGCUAAACAACAAACAUCGCAUAAUGACAUACAAGGAAAGAUCCUGCCACCAAAAGUCUCAUUUGAAUCGAGACAACCAAUAAUUACAUUUAAUGAAAAUGAGCCGAAAAAAGCAACAACUUUAUCACCAUUAAAAAGGCCAAAAUCAUCCGAUGUUACUUCGUCUAGAAAUCGAAUUAAUUUUGAAUCUAAACCUGACUCAAGACCAAAAAGUGCUAGCACAAUGAAAUCGACAGACAUUUCUUUGAAAAAAUCAACAUCCGGUGUCAAUUUUGCCGAAUUAAAUCGAAAUUAUAUUGAAAAGAAAAAAUAUCAGCAGAAAGAAGAUUUAAGACUAGAACGUGAGGCACAAGAGAAACGUGACAAGGAACUUUUACUAGCGAAAGCAUCGUUUGAUCAAUGGUUAAAAGAUAAAGACUCGGAAAGAAAGCGAUUAGAGGAAGACCGUCGUAAAAAAGAAGAAGAAGAAAAGGCUCGACAGUCGAAAGAAGAUGAAGAAAACGAGAAAAAGAGAAAGAAAAUUCGUCGUGAAUGGGAGGAAAAAAAGAGACAACAAACAAUGAAUCAAAAUGAACUGAGAAAAUUACAAGAAGAAGAAGAAGAAGAUAAUGAGUCGGCAGAUACAAUAAAAACAGGACCUGGACAUCGUGCAUUCCGCAGGUGGUUACGUCAGAAAUAUGAACAGUCAUUAGAAGAAAAACGUCAACUUCGUUUAGAAGCCAAAAAACUUCGGAGACGGCAAAAAAAAUCUUUGACACGUUAUCGAUUAGAUCAAGAUUUACAAUUAGCUAAAUCAUUUGGGUAUUCUUGA